CCUUCUCCAUCUCCUCACGAAUGGUAUCACAAACCAACCAAACAAAACCAAAACCUAAACCUUUCUCUUUACUUUUUUCUUUUUUGCUAACUAAUUAAAUCCAAUCUUUUGUAUAAUCCAUAAAUUAAUUUCUCGUUAAUUUCAUCAUUUCAAUCUCUCCGAAGAAAAGGCUUUUCGUUUCCGAUUAAAUUUCACUUCGAAACCGAAACUCGUCGAUCUUUCCGAUGAUGUCGAAUUUAUAGGCUCAGAUUCGGAUUCUGUUUUUUGUUUUUUUGUUUUUGUUUUUUGGAUCGGAGCUGGGUGUUUGGAUUCUGGGAAAUUUUUGGGAAACCGUGAAGAAGCGAUGAGUAACCAGAAGAAGAGGAAUUUCCAGAUUGAAGCUUUUAAGCACAGGGUUGUGGUGGAUCCGAAGUACGCUGAGAAGACGUGGAAGAUUCUGGAACACGCAAUCCACGAGAUUUACAAUCAUAAUGCUAGUGGCCUCAGCUUUGAAGAGCUUUACAGAAAUGCCUACAAUAUGGUGCUUCACAAAUUUGGUGAGAAGCUGUACUCGGGUCUGGUUACCACCAUGACUUCUCAUCUCAGAGAUAUAUCAAAAUUAAUUGAAGCUGCUCAGGGAGGUUUGUUUCUCGAAGAACUGAACAAGAAAUGGAACGACCACAAUAAGGCUUUGCAAAUGAUCCGAGACAUACUGAUGUACAUGGACAGGACUUACAUUCCAAGUACCCAGAAAACUCCUGUUCACGAACUGGGGCUCAACCUAUGGAGGGAUAAUAUUGUGCACUCCCCUAAGAUUCAGACUAGACUUCUUACUACACUUCUUGAUCUAAUGCAGAGAGAACGAAGUGGUGAAGUUAUUAACAGGGGGUUGAUGAGGAAUAUAAUUAAGAUGCUGAUGGAUUUGGGUCCUUCUGUUUACCAAGAAGACUUUGAGAAGCAUUUUCUUGAGGUUUCAGCAGAGUUCUACAGGGGUGAGUCACAGAAGUUUAUUGAGUGCUGUGACUGUGGUGAUUACUUGAAGAAGGCAGAGAGGCGUUUGAAUGAGGAAGUUGAAAGGGUUACACAUUACUUGGAUACAAAGAGCGAAGUCAAGAUAACUAGUGUGGUGGAGAAAGAGAUGAUAGCAAACCACAUGCUGAGGUUAGUGCAUAUGGAUAAUUCAGGUCUGGUUAACAUGUUUCUUGAUGAUAAAUAUGAGGACCUUAAAAGAAUGUAUAACUUGUUCCGACGAGUUCCAAACGGUCUUUCGACGAUCCGUGAGGUGAUGACUUCUCACCUCAGGGAAACUGGUAAACAGCUAGUUACUGAUCCAGAAAAGUUGAAGGAUCCCGUGGAAUUUGUUCAACGCCUCUUGGAUGAGAAAGAUAAGUAUGAUGGAAUUAUUAGCUCAUCGUUCAUCAAUGACAAGACAUUUCAGAAUGCUUUGAAUUCCUCGUUUGAGUACUUUAUUAACUUGAAUCAACGUUCACCUGAAUUCAUUUCUUUGUUUGUUGAUGAGAAGCUCCGCAAAGGUUUGAAGGGGGUUAGUGAGGAGGAUGUAGAAAUUAUUCUUGACAAGGUGAUGAUGCUGUUCCGGUACUUGCAGGAAAAAGAUGUAUUUGAAAAAUACUAUAAACAGCAUUUGGCGAAGAGGCUUUUGUCUGGAAAAACAGUCUCUGACGAUGCAGAGAGAAGUUUGAUAGUUAAGCUCAAGACAGAGUGUGGAUACCAAUUUACUUCCAAAUUAGAGGGCAUGUUUACAGACAUGAAAACUUCUCAGGAUACAAUGCAAGGGUUCUAUGCAAGCCAUCCUGAACUAGGGAGUGGACCCACAUUAACUGUUCAGGUUUUGACAACAGGAUCUUGGCCAACUCAACCUAGCGUCCCUUGUAAUCUUCCUGCGGAAAUGUCAGCACUUUGUGAAAAGUUCCGAUCAUACUACCUUGGGACCCAUACUGGGCGGAGACUAUCCUGGCAAACUAACAUGGGUACAGCAGAUAUCAGGGCCUCCUUUGGGAAGGGCCAGAAGCAUGAGCUAAAUGUGUCCACUUAUCAAAUGUGUGUCUUAAUGCUGUUUAAUAACGCUGAUCGGCUUUGUUAUAAGGAGAUUGAGCAGGCAACAGAAAUUCCUGCUCCAGAUCUAAAGAGGUGCCUGCAAUCAUUGGCUUGCGUGAAGGGAAAGAAUGUUCUUAGGAAGGAGCCUAUGAGCAAAGACAUAGCUGAGGAUGAUGCUUUCUUCGUUAACGACAAGUUCGCAAGCAAGUUUUAUAAGGUGAAGAUAGGAACCGUAGUCGCACAAAAGGAAUCAGAGCCCGAAAAACAGGAGACCCGACAGAGAGUGGAGGAGGACAGGAAGCCUCAGAUUGAAGCUGCUAUAGUGAGGAUCAUGAAAUCAAGGAAGACUCUGGACCACAACAAUAUAAUAGCUGAGGUCACAAAACAGUUGCAAUCACGAUUCCUGGCGAACCCAACCGAGAUUAAGAAACGCAUCGAGUCCCUCAUUGAGCGUGAUUUUUUGGAAAGGGACACCACAGACAGAAAAUUGUAUCGUUAUCUUGCCUAGAAGAAAUGUUUGCUUGUCUUUGAAUUCGACAAGUUGUAUUGUAACUUGCUUUAGGUAAUGGAAUGUUUCUCUGGUUUCUGGAAGUCCGAUCUAUUUUAAUGAAGAUCCAUUUGUUUCACUGCUCUUUCUCGAUUGGCUGUUCAACCAUGUGUGAUAUGAAUUGAAGGUGUCAAAUUUUGUUUCCUUUUUCUCUA